GCACAACUCUGAUUCUGUUGCAGCUCUUUCUAAACAAUCUCCAGGAUUGCAGGAGCUGUCACACCUGCUCGCUCACCGGCAAGCAUGUUUCUCGCAAAGGCGAUCCUGGAAGGUGCAGAUCGGGGGCUUGGAGGGGCUCUUGGAGGCCUUCUUGGAGGAGGUGGUCAGGCAAGAGGAGCAGGCGGGGGCAACAUCGGGGGGAUCAUUGGAGGAAUUGUCAAUUUUAUCAGCGAGGCUGCCGCAGCUCAGUACACCCCAGAGCCACCUCCCCGACAGCAGCAUUUUACCGCCGUGGAGGCCUCGGAAAGUGAGGAGGUCAGGCGUUUUCGGCAGCAAUUUACCCAGCUGGCUGGACCCGACAUGGAGGUGGGUGCUACUGACCUGAUGAAUAUUCUCAACAAAGUCCUUUCUAAGCAUAAGGAGCUGAAGACAGAUGGCUUCAGUCUUGACACCUGCAGGAGCAUUGUGUCUGUCAUGGACAGUGACACCACGGGGAAACUGGGCUUUGAGGAAUUUAAGUACCUGUGGAACAACAUCAAGAAAUGGCAGUGUGUUUUCAAGCAGUACGACAGCGACCAUUCUGGCUCCCUCAGAAGCUCCCAGCUGCACGGGGCCAUGCAGGCCGCAGGCUUCCAGCUCAACGAGCAACUCUACCUAAUGAUUAUCCGUCGGUAUGCUGACGAAGAUGGCGGGAUGGAUUUUAACAACUUUAUCAGCUGCCUGGUUCGCCUGGACGCUAUGUUUCGAGCUUUCAAGGCGCUGGACCGAGAUAGGGAUGGCCUGAUUCAGGUGUCCAUCCGAGAAUGGCUGCAGCUGACCAUGUAUUCCUGAAAUGGAUGCAGAGAGGUAGAGACCCUCCCUGGAGGACAGGACUGCAGAACGCCUUAGCACACGAGCCACACCUCAGACCCCACCCAGCAGUUACCUUUUCCUGGUGGCCUCUUUUAUAAUGCUGCAUAUUCCUGACCAUAGUCUGUGCUUCACUGCUUAAUUAAAACUAGUUUUG